GAAUGUGGGCCGAAUAUAUACUAGCUCAUCAUGUUCGUCCAACAGUUCAUUCCUUCUUUGUAUUUUCCAAUCGUAAGAUCAUUACCCUGUCUUUCUUAACCCGAACUAUACAAACGGUUAUUUGCUGACAGUUUGCAGUUACAAACCUUUUUCAGGUUAAAAAUAUGAAAAGUUACUUUAUUUUAUUCAUCAUUGCUGUUGCAUCAGCACAGCGAAGGCUUGCUUUGCCAGAUCCUAGAAGCUGUGCCAAUCGUGUGCGUCAUGCCUCGUACAGAGACGCAAGAGGUGUUGCACAUUCUUAUUUCUUUAGUUGGGAACAUGCACCUACAAGAAAUUUAGAAGUGGACUGGCUAGAUGCUCGCAACAUAUGCCGUAGACAUUGCAUGGAUGCUGUGUCACUUGAAACACCUCAGGAAAAUGAAUUUAUUAAACAGCGAAUUUCCAGAGGAAAUGUACGUUACAUAUGGACCUCAGGACGAAAAUGUAAUUUCCAAGGAUGCGAUAGACCAGAUCUACAACCUCAAAAUGUAAAUGGAUGGUUUUGGUCUGGAUCGGGCGCAAAGAUUGGAGCAACAACCCAAAGAAAUACCGGGGAUUGGAGUCACACUGGAGGAUACGGACAACAACAACCUGAUAAUCGUGAAGCCGCUCAGGGUAAUGAUGAAUCGUGCUUAUCAAUUUUAAAUAAUUUCUACAACGAUGGCCUCAAAUGGCAUGAUGUCGCCUGUCACCACGUGAAGCCUUUCGUUUGUGAGGAUAGUGACGAGCUUCUCAACUUCGUCGCAUCUAGAAAUCCAGGAAUUCGUUUGAACUGAGAAGGAAUAUAGUAAUUUUAAGACAAUUCGUAAAGUGCAAAUACUGAUGAAAUAAUGUUACUUGAAAAAAGUUCACAUGUGACAUCACUUUAAUUUUAAAUGUUCUACUCCUCCUUUCAUUCAUAUCUUGCUCUGUCACGAUUUAACAAAACCUUUUCCCACUGAUGGAGAUUUAACAUUUACCUAGUAGUUUUAACUUCAAAAUAAAGUUUUUACUCAUUUUACUAUAGUGACGGAUUUCAGUCUUAAAUGUUAUAUAUUUAUUUUUAAUAAUAAUUCAUACUU